UAACAAUGGACUCCACACACAACGUCACGGCGUCCUCCCGUGAAGCACAGCUGCAAAGUUUGCCGCAUGUUGUGCGGAGGCCCGUCGCUGCGCUGGCAACCGACAACGAAAAGACGUCAUCCGAUUCAAAACAUUCGCAUUGAGGUCCGGAGCGGAGAACAGCCACCCACAACGCCGGCGGCUUUUUGAAUGGCCGGAGGGGUAAUGGAAUAGCCAUUUCUCUUCAAGACAUGUCGACCUGUUUAAGACAACGCCUUUGUUGAGCGCUCCUUCUCCUUAACUACGAGAUAAGACGGAGUUAUUUCUCGCCGAUUCGCAGGCUGGUGACAAGACGGACUGCGCUUUCCUUGCACGUUUAAAUCUGAAUCUUAAGUCCUUCCUGAUUUUCUUGGAGCACGAAGGUUGUGUUUGUGUUUGUGAGACCCAAAUUUUCUAUUAUCAAGUGCAGCAACAUUAACACGUGCACGAUGCCACGGACUUCUGAAGUUCUUCUGAAGAUUACGUAAGUUCAAGGCUGAAAUGCAGGAAUGAGAGCUUCUGUGCCGCCGCCAUGGCACUGAACGAGGGCCGGUUCCUGGUGAUCCAGCGCGCUGAGCGCCGAAACCGCAUGGAGGCGUCCGUGUACAACAAGAUGGAGAAGGUGCGCUACAGGCAUGCGCAGAAGCAGCUGGACGAGGCCAGGGGUCUUCAGGAGUUGCGUAUCCAGCGGCAGUUCCAGCGCGUGCGCAGAACCGUGGUGGAAAACAACCUGCGUCAGGCGAUGCUGAGGCGGCUGGAGCGGCAGGCGUCAGACAGGGCACUGGGGGGGACCGUCAACGACAACCUCGGGAAGUCAGUCUCUCCUGUUGUUUACCUGUUACAGGGCACUGGGGGGGACCGUCAACGACAACCUCGGGAAGUCAGUCUGCUACUGUUGUUUACCUGUUACAGGGCACCGGGGGGGACCGUCAACGACAACCUCGGGAAGUAUGGCGGUUUGAAGAUGGACUCGCUGAAGCACGAGGUGGACCAGAUGUUGAAGGACAUGGACCCGGGCGUGCGGCGGGCCAAGCGCGCCCGCAAGCUGCUGGAGAAGGGGCGGCGCGACGGGCGCAUCCGCCCGUACGACAUGCACUCCGUCUGCCUGCCGCCCAUCGUCGCCGACACGCACGACGAGAUCGACAUCGUGACGGCGGCGCAGGAGGGCGGACCGGCGGCGGGGGAGAAGGGCCCCACCGCCGAGCCCAACCGGACCAGGCUGCCGCCCCUGCGCACGCUCAAGGCCAGCGUCGGGAUUGACGACAGCGAUGACGAUUUGUGAUGACGAUGGCGACUGGUACAGCACUGUUAUGCUUUAAGUUUAGACUUUCGCGCAACAUCAGACUGCCAUAACUCAUCAUGCAACCCAAACUUUUGACCGCCUCUUCCGCCUUCGUCAAGUUUGUUGACCCUCUCACGUUGGCACGUGACGUCAGGAAUAUAAUGAGUUCAACGGUUGACUAGAGGUCAGUAUCGCCCGCCGUCCCGGUUACAUGGUUACAUAAAGCAUGCGCGUUCUGAAUCGGCAGGAAGAAGAGGCCGACAUUGUAUCCCACGGGCCGACCAGACCGGACCAAUCAGAGCAGACGACACUGUGGACGACUUGUAAAGCUAAGGGCACAACCAGCCGUACGUGCAAAUACGUGCUGUCUACGUGCCAAAACGUGGGCAAUCUUU